CCCUUUGCGGCUUCUUGAGACCCCAUCGUCACGCCUCCUCACAGCGCAGACGCAGAGGUGAUCCAAAGGGGAGGAGAGAGUCGCCCACCACCACCACCACCACCACCACCACCAUUAAUCUCGAUCCCUGCUCAGGAAUGCAAGUGUGAGCUAGCUAGGCUGCACAUGCACUGUGCUGCGCUAGUCAACAAUACACUUCUCUUUCCGCCACUAGUACAGUCACCAAGUACUCCACUCCACCAACCGCCGCCGCCGGUCGACCGGAGAUGCAGCCGGCCUGCGCGCGCUCCGCCGCGCUGCUCGCCGCCUUGGUCGUCGUGCUGGCUUAUUCAGCCGUGAGCUGCCGCGGUCAGCUGGCUAACAACUACUACGCCGGCAAGUGCGGCAACUCCAGCGUGGAGGACAUCAUCCACGACGCCGUCAAGGCCCGCCUCGCGUGGGACAAGAGGAUGGUCGCCGGCCUCCUCCACCUGCAGUUCCACGACUGCUUCGUCGCUGGGUGCGACGCGUCGAUCCUGCUGGACGGGCCAAAUACGGAGAAGACAGCGCCGGAGAACAGUGGCAUCUUCGGCUACGACUUCAUCGACGACGUCAAGACGGCGCUGGAGAGAGUAUGCCCCGGCGUCGUCUCCUGUGCUGACAUCAUCAUCGCCGCGACAAGGGACGCCGUUGGCAUGUGCGGAGGGCCGAGCUACCAAGUACAACUGGGCAGAAGAGACGGCAUGGUGUCACAAGCGUCAAUGGCGAGCAUUCUGCCGGGCCCCAACGUCGACGUCCCCACCGCUAUCGAUCUAUUCGGACGGAAGGGCAUCAACGCCCUCGAGAUGGUCAGCCUAAUGGGCGCGCACACAGUGGGGGUGACACACUGCUCCGUGAUCCACAACCGGCUGUUCGACUACAAAGGCACUGGCUUGCCGGACCCGGCCAUGGACCCGAUGUACGUGUGGAUCCUGACGACGUACGCGUGCCCUAAGGGCCAGGCCUUCGACAACAUCGUCUACCUGGACGACCCCUCCAGCAUCCUCCUCGUCGACAAGAGCUACUACUCGCAAAUCAUGAAGCGCCAUGGCGUGCUGUCCGUGGACCAGGCUCUCGGCGACCACAACGCCACCGCGUGGAUGGUGAACUUCCUCGCCACCACCGACUUCUUCCCCUCCAUGUUCAGCCACGCGCUCAACAAGCUCGCCGCACUCGACGUCCUGACCGGCACCGCCGGCGAGAUCAGGAAAAACUGCCGGAGGACCAACUGAUGGAUGGAUCGAUCUGCCAAUCAAUUGAUUGAUUGAUACACAAAAUUAGGUUAAUUUUUACCAGCAGCUAGCUAGCUAGCUAGACGAGCUGCUGCUGCGAGAAACAGAGAAAGAAAAAAAAAAAGAGAAAAGGAAUUGAGGAAACAUAUAUAUAUACGCGGCCGGCGACCAAAGGAUCGAUGAAUGAGGGAGCAUUACCAUCAGAGAUAGCAUAUGGUUUUACCAUAUAGCUAGUUAAUUGGAGUAAAGAUUCAAUUUACUGGAGUAGUACAAGGAUCAUUUUUUUUCGUGUCUGUACGCUGAUUCUUUUGUACGUGGCCGGAGUAUAAAAAUAAACGUUCCAUGCAUAUA